GCCAGGAAGGAAAAGAUUUCCUCACUUAGUUACCAUGGUCGGCGCAGGAACGGCGGAGCUACUUUUAAACCAGUUUUAGCUUCUUGUUUGUACAGUUUACUCUUUUAUUUGGAGCGGACACGCCGGAGGGGAGCAGGUGGAGGAAGAGGCGGAGGAACAUGGGGAAAAAACAGCAGGAGGACGGUCCGGACUCCGGCUACGGUGAGCCUGCUCAGUUCGACCCAAGCUUUAAUGGACCCAUAAAGAAAAGAGGAUGCACGGAUAUAAUCUGCUGUGUUCUGUUUAUGGUCGUCAUCCUCGGCUACAUAGGGGUAGGAAUUUUAGCAUGGCUCUACGGAGAUCCUAGACACGUUCUCUAUCCGAGGAACUCAACUGGGUGGUUCUGUGGCGUCGGACCAAACAAAGACCGGCCGAACUUGUUGUACUUUGAUAUUCUGAAAUGUGCCACAUCCAUAAACGUGAUGGCGUCCUCUCUGAACGGUUUUCAGUGCCCAACCACGCAGGUCUGUGUGGAAAAGUGUCCGUCUGAUUUCUGGGCCGUCAGCCCUCUGGACUACAUCCCCGGAAAGCUGGCAAAAGAUGUCUUUCAUCAGAAUUCAUGCGUUCCCUCACUGGACCUGGCCAAAACUCAGUUGACUGUCAGAGAAAUAGUGGACAAAGAGCUCUGUCCUUUUUUCCUCAUACCCACAACCUCAGCAUUGGGGAGAUGUUUCCCUGACAUCCAGAAACUAGUCGAAAUCCCUCCUUCUUUUUCUGAAGUCCCAGGUUUGCCCUCCUCAAUCAACGAGACGAGUAACCUCAUCAAGAACGGCACCGGGGACAUAAUUAACGGCUUCAGUGCCAGAGACGUUGGUAUCCGGAUCUUUGAAGAUUUCGCGACAGCCUGGCCGUGGAUUCUUGUCGGCUUGGUGAUAGCCAUGCUGGUCAGCCUGCUCUUCCUGCUGCUGCUGAGGUUCACGGCUCCAGUCAUGAUCUGGCUGCUCAUCAUAGGACUCCUGGGAGCUGGUGCUUACGGAAUCUGGCACUGCUACUGGGAAUACGAUAACUACAAGCAACAAUCUGCUACCAUCAGUGACGUCGGUUUCACCACCAACUUCAAGAUUUAUCUGCAAGUCCAAGAGACAUGGCUGGCCUUUUUGAUAAUCCUCUGUGUGAUGGAAGCCAUCAUUCUCCUGACGCUCAUCUUCCUCAGAACCAGAAUCCUGAUCGCCAUCGCUCUCCUGCAGGAGUCCAGCAAAGCAAUUGGUCACAUGAUGUCGUCCCUGGUGUACCCUCUGGUCACAUUUGUGCUGCUGCUGGUGUGCGUCGCCUACUGGGGCGCCACUGCUUUAUAUCUGGCCACUUCAGGAACGCCCGUCUACAAGGUGGUCUCUUUGAACUCGUCGCACAGUGGCUGUACAAGCAUCAACGGCUCCGUGACCUGUGACCCCCAGACUUUCAACUCAUCAGAUUACCCAGAAUGCCCUUACGCCAGCUGCAUCUUCAUUAACUACAACGAGGAGGGUCUCUUCCAGAGGAACAUGUUCAACCUGCAGAUUUACAACGCUAUUGCUUUCCUGUGGUGCGUGAACUUUGUCAUCGCCCUGGGGCAGUGCACGCUGGCGGGGGCCUUCGCCUCUUAUUACUGGGCCUACACCAAACCAGACGACAUCCCCAUGUUUCCUGUCUGUGCCAGCUUCAUGCGUGCGAUCAGGUACCAUGUGGGCUCUUUAGCGUUUGGUGCGCUAAUCCUGACCCUGGUUCAGAUCGUGAGGAUUAUUCUGGAGUACAUCGACCACAAGACCAGAUCGGCACAAAACGCUUGUGCUCGUUUCUUACUGUGCUGCUUGAAGUGCUGCUUCUGGUGUCUGGAGAAGUUUAUAAAGUUCCUCAACAGGAACGCCUACAUCAUGAUUGCUAUUUAUGGGAAGAACUUCUGUGUCUCAGCCAAAAAUGCUUUCAGCCUGCUGAUGAGAAAUAUCAUAAGGGUGGUGGUGCUCGAUAAAGUGACUGACAUACUGCUGUUCUUCGGAAAACUGCUUGUGGUUGGAGGAGUAGGUGUUUUGUCGUUCUUUUUCUUCUCUGGACGGAUUCGGCUCCCAGGCGACACGUUUCGCUCCGAAACUCUCAACUACUACUGGAUGCCAAUUAUUACCGUGGUGUUUGGCAGCUACCUCGUAGCUCACGGUUUCUUCAGCGUGUACAACAUGUGCGUCGACACGCUCUUCCUCUGCUUCUUGGAGGACUUGGAGCGUAAUGAUGGAUCCCUGCAGAAGCCGUAUUAUAUGUCCACAAACCUCAUGAAGAUCCUCAACAAAUCCAACAAACAGGCAAAAUGAAGAACAAUGAUCUCUUUCUUUUUAGCUCCACAGAAUAACUUACUUUAGGAUGGCUUAAAUGUUUAAUUAUUAGCCCACUGUGUUUUAUCUCCUCCCUAAAUAAGUUUACCAAAGCUAAAAGGCUUUUUUUGCACCUUUUUAAAUUAGCGUUUCAUUACAUUUGUGAAACGAAUACUGACUAUGCAUAAAAUUAUAUAUCUUAAGAUGGUCUCUAAUUUCUAAACGCUUCUUAGUUUUAAUUAACCUGCUUCAGACCUUUAACACUGACAUCAGUUUGUUCAGAGAAACAACUUUGAAUGUAACUUAAACUUGGAAGUCGACUCCCUUGAUGUGAUUUUUAUUUAUAGAACAAAAAGGGGGUAAAAUACAAUUUAUGCAGGAUAUUUUUAGAUGGUAUUUUUAAAGAUGUUAUUUUAUACACAUUUGAUGCACUUUGAUUGUAAUAAGAACUGUAAAAUAAAAUUGUAAAUAUAUCAGC